AUGGCUUCCUUUAGAGGGAAAGUCUCUGAAGCAGUCGAGUCCUCUGCCCCAAAGACCUCUGACAGGCUAGGCUCUGAAAAGGGUGUUGCGACGCUGGCAUACGUCUCAGUCGAGGACGGGGUGGUACGUGAUGUACCGAGAGCCGACGAGCUAUCCGAGUAUGGCACGCACCGAGGUCUCCAAUCCCAUCACAUCCAGCUGCUCGCCAUCUCAGGCGUCAUCGGCACCGGUCUCUUUGUGGGAACAUCCAGCGUACUGGCUUCCGCCGGUCCGGGCGGUCUCCUGAUCGGAUACAUUAUUUGGUGCGUCUUUCUCCUAAUCGUGGCCCACGCCAUGGGAGAGAUGUCUGCCUUCCUACCCGUCCCGGGAUCCUUUGCGACGCACAUUGGACGUUUUGUGGACGAAAGCGCCGGUGUCGCCAUGGGCUGGGUCUACGCGUACUCCAUGAUGAUCUUCACCGCCGCCGACUGCACCGCCCUGACAGGGCUCUGGUCGUACUGGUUUCCCGACAUCAAUCCGGGUGUAUGGGUCGCUGUCACCCUGGUCGUGGUGUUUGCCCUCAACUGCAUGGCGGUCAAGUACUUUGGCGAGGUUGAGUUCUACGCGUCCAUUUUCAAGAUCUUCCUCAUCUUCGGCUUCCUCCUCUUCACCUUUAUCGUCGUCCUCGGCGGGAACCCUCAUCACGACCGUAUCGGUUUCCGGUACUGGAAGAACCCCGGCGCGUUCAAUGAAGCCUACACAACCGGCUCUCUCGGCCGUUUCCUGGCCAUCUGGGGCGUCUUCAACACCGCCGCCUUCUCGAUCGGAGGGCCUGACUUCAUCGCCAACUGCGCCCCCGAAGCCACGAAUCCACGACGGAACAUCCCCAAGGCAGUGCGACGGGUCAUUUAUCGCCUCAUCUUCUUUUUCAUCUUGUCGGUCUUUGCCGUGGGGAUGCUUGUCCCCUACAAUGACCCGUCUAUGCUGUCGGCCAUCGCGAACGGAACGGGCGUGGCCAAGUCACCGUUUGUCAUCGCCAUGAAGCGCCUCGAGAUCCCCUUUUUGCCGGACCUCGUCAACGCCGUCGUCAUCACCAGCGCCUGGAGCUGCACCAACUGCCUGUUGUUUCAGGCCUCCAGGACGGUGUUUGGACUGGCCAAACACGGCCGCGCCCCCAAAAUCUUUGGCAAGACCACCGCAAGCGGAGUUCCCCUGCCGGCAUUGAUCUUGUCAAUCGCGGUGGCCUGUUUAGCCUUCAUGACUUGUAACACGGCCUCGGCGAAAGUAUUCAACUGGUUCAUCAACUUGGGCUCGACGGCCAUCAUGAUCGCCUAUAUCAUGAUGCUAGUGGCCAACCUGCGGUUCCACGCCGGCCUACGCGCCCAGGGCAUCGACGCUAACACCGCCCUGCCAUUCCGUAGUCGCUUCACGCCCUGGGGCAACUACGUCGCGUUGGGCGGCGUCGGCCUCAUCCUGUUGACCAACGGCUACGGAGUCUUCAUUCACGGGUACUGGAAUUUCCAAAACUUCUUCACCGCCUACUUCACCAUCGUCUUCUUCCUGGUCGUCUAUCUUGGGUGGAAGAUAGUCAAACGGACCAGCUUCAUCAAGGCUGUCGACAUGGACUUCAGCACCGGCAUGGCCGAGGUCGAGAAGCACGAGGCCACCUUGUCGGUCAAACCGCCCGAGACGCGAUAUGAAAGAUUGAUGGAUUGGCUCUGGUAA